UGAUGAAAGCUUGUUCUGCGGUUGGUCGCUAACAGCACGCGCUGUGUGUGCUGCUAUAGAGACCCUGUGUUUGCUAACAGGCUAGAGCACUAGCUAACAACGACUAGCUUUACGUUUUUUCAUAAGGAAUGAUUGCGUUUUUUUCUUUACUAAACGCUGCUACAACCAAUUAUACAUUUGCCAUUCUGUUUAUUUAUACUAGAUAACGAUAUUUAUUUACUAACGUUAACUCGGAGCUGAUGGCUAAACGAACAUGCAUAUUGCCGCGGACUGACAUGAGCGCCUUCGUUUAUUGUUUACAUUGAAUAAUUGUAACAAUUCCCUUUUAAAACAGAUUUAGGUUUUGCAAAUGAGAGUUUCUUUUAUUUAUAACGUUACACAAAAUUAUGACAUUCGAGUUGAUAUUGACUCAUGUGCACUUGCUAAUAUAAGUUACGACGCGACCGUAAAUUUAUUUCGUUGCAUUAGUCAACGACAUAUGUGCAUAUUAUUUCAAAAACAUGCUUAAUUCACAUGUUGAUUAAAUGUUAAAAUCAGUGAACAACAAAGUGUUGGCUUCUGGAUGCCCACUUGAUCGGAGGUGCGAGACGCUAGCGAGUGGGUGUGUGUUGUAAAACAUGGAAAUGGCGUAUGGUGCUCUAGUCACUAGUGCUCAAAAUGCAUUUACAUGCUAAUACCAGUUGGAUUAAGUUUUGUAUAGUAUGCCAUUUGUUUGUAGGAGCAAGGUGUGAAUGCAUAAAACCCACUUUAUAACAGCGUAAAGAAUACAAAACCAAAAUUGGCCAAAGUGGCUUUUAUUUUGCCAUACUUUUUUUUGUUUAACUUAGUCCUAAAAGUUUACAAAACUAUUGACUGCUUAUCUUUGCUCGUGACACAGUUGGGUCCAAAAAUUAUUGUCCUCUAGAACAGGGGUUAUCAAACUGGUCCCCAGAAAAUUUCAAGAGAUGAGACAAAGCAACAAUUUUGAACAGUCACUUCCUUCUGCCUGCCCAUAUAAUGCCCCAGUGUUGGCAGUGGCCACUUUGAAUAUGAUGGCUGCCCAUUCUGUGUCUAUAGAGCAAUAUCAAGAGGGAGACCAGCAGAUGCAGGUAAUGGAGCAUUUGGACAGUGACCCUGAAAAGGGCUUUGCCAAUGGAAACAUGGGAACAUCAAACACCCCUGCAUCGUCUGAACAGCAGACACAAAUGGAUGCUGACAAAUCCUCUAUUUAUAGACAUCCACUUUUCCCUCUUCUGGCUCUGCUGUUUGAGAAGUGUGAGCAGUCCACUCAGGGUGCAGACGCUGUAUCUUCUGCCAGUUUUGAUGUGGACAUUCAGAACUUCGUUCACAGUCAAGAGAAAGAGGGCAAGGCUUUCUUCAGUGACGAUUCUGACCUUGAUAACUUGAUGGUCAAGGCCAUCCAGGUGCUGAGGAUUCAUCUGUUAGAGCUGGAGAAAGUCAGUGAUCUGUGCAAGGACUUCUGUAGUCGUUACAUUUCCUGCCUCAAGACCAAGAUGAACAGCGAGACGCUGCUUAGUGGAGACUCGGACAGCCCGUACUCUCCAGUCCACGACCAGAUGUCCAGCUCCUUCGCGGCCGCCCUCAGCCCUCAGGGCAUUGUGGUGCCUACAUCAGGCCUUCAACAAGGCAGUGUUACCAUGGCAACAGUCAAUCCAUCACAAGUGGUUACAGGUAACACAGUAUAUCAUCCAGUGACCGUAGUCACACCACAGGGGCAAGUUGUGACACAAGCCAUCUCACCUGGAAUACAUAUUCAGAACUCACAGCUCCAACUUCAGCUCAGUCAGGACUUGAGUUUCUUUGGUGCAGAUGACAGCUCGCCUAAAAACAAACGCGGUGUUCUUCCCAAACAAGCCACCAAUGUCAUGCGCUCCUGGCUUUUCCAGCAUAUUGCACAUCCUUAUCCUACUGAAGAAGAGAAGAAACAGAUUGCGACUCAGACUAACUUGACUUUACUCCAAGUCAAUAAUUGGUUCAUCAAUGCUCGUAGAAGGAUCUUGCAGCCAAUGUUGGAUGCCAGCUCCUCAGAGACAACCAAAGCUAAGAAGAAAACUGCUCCGAGCCGCCCGCUACAUCGCUUCUGGUCUGACUCCAUCGUCUCUCCUGGAACCCAGCAAGAGCUCACAAUGCCAGAUGGUAGCAUGGUUACAGUUGGGAUGAGUGUAGACGGCUUCCAAGCGCUUUCAUCAGACAGUGCAACUCUUGCCAUGCAACAAGUUUUGAUGGAAAAUAACAGCGAGGAUGAAACGGAAGAUAGCGAAGACGACGACGACUCGCAUUUGUCAUCUGCCAACAUGACUGGAUUGGGUUUAGAUGUUACUGAUUAAGCUACGUGGAUUGCAGAACGCACACUGCAUGCUUCUAUCGAUUUUCAGCCAAGCUGAUACUUGUGCACUACAAAAAAAAUUUGAGUACUGUAUGCCUUUACAAUACAAACAAACUCACAUGAACAGUUUACAGAUAGCACAAUGUUACAGAAGGGUGUCGCGCGUGAAGAGUUGCCUGUUUUUAUUGCGUAGCUGUGCAGGUAAGUGCACUUUUAGGUAUGAAAUACUACACUUCAUGGAAAUAGACGAAAAACUGCAAGUAAACACACGGAGGAGUUUUUAAGCUCCUUUAGUAAAUGUUUGUUUUCUAUAACUAAUUUGAAUGCCAAGAUUUGAAAGUGUGUCUUUGUGCUGGUUUUAUUCACACUGCAUGCUAAUGUUUUUCUUUGGUGUGUUCAUUAUUAUUGACAGAGUCUGAGGACAAAAGAGAUUGUUAUUUUUAUAUAUGAACAUUGUAAAAAAAAAGUGUUUUUUCUUUUUUUAUUAGUUUGUGUUUUAUAAGGAAUAUUUAUGUACAGAAACAGUAUAGCUAUGUGCCCUGCUUUCAGGGGAUUUACAUUUUUUAGAA